AUGUACGCAAGGACUAGCUCAUUUCACCUGCCAUUUGGUGAAAUGACUAUUACUCUUGACAAUGUUAUGGGUCUUUUGAGCAUCCCAUGUUAUGGAGAGUUUUUCACACCUCCCGCUAAUGUCAAUGAAGAUUUGGCAAUUGCUGCUGCUGUUGAGUUAUUGGGAGUUGUUUAUGAUGAAGCUGUAACUGAAACUAUGACCAAUAGAGGUGCCCCAUAUAGUAUUGAGUGGUUGAAAGAUGUAUUUUUUAAGCAACUUCAUGAAGGACGAUAUGACUGUGCAACGAGGGCAUACCUACUUCAUUUGGUAGGGUGUACCAUUCUAGCUGAUAAAAGUUUUACCCUUGUAUCUGCAAAAUAUUUGUUUCUGUUUCAAGACCUUGAUACUUGUGGUAAAUGGGCAUGGGGACCAGCUGCGCUUGUUGUUUUAUAUGACUAUCUUAGAGAUAGUACAUUGCCUGCAAUGAAACAGAUUGGAGGAUAUUUAUUUCUAUUUCAGAUAUUUCAAUGGACUGCAAAACAAACAUCUGAGAACGUUGCAUACUACAGAGCAAAGUUGGAUGCUUUGAGGGAUACUGAUAUUAUUUGGACGUCGAAUUACGAUUAG